AUGAAUCCAAAAGUGCCGGCGAUAUCGACGUUUCUCAGCGUAUCUGGCUAUUACUGCAUCGAUACAAUACUCUUUUCGGAUCGAAAUGUGGCGAGGGACGAGGAUGGCAGCUCGCUACACCAGCUGAAGCGAUGGAGCUCAUGCAAGUUCGCUAUGGUGUGUCGCACGAGUGCUUCGCUUCCCCAUUGAAUGCAACAAUGCCGUCUUUUUGUUCGCUCUUCUAUGACACUGACCGCUUCUUUGGGAGUGUCGGGUCCUUCUUCCGACUACCCACGACUGACUUCCCCCACGCCUGUGAGAUUGGACCCCCUUAUGAGCCAGGCUUGAUGUUGAAGGCAGCUCGAAAGGUAGAGAAGAUCCUGGCCGAGACCUGUAAAACAUUCGUAUUCGUUGUUCCCGAUUGGGAGGAUUGUGAGAGUAUUGACACCGUGAAGCAGAGCAAGUAUAAUGUUGGAAAUCUGAGUUUGAGGAAAGAGGAGCAUCGAUACAAGAAUGGUUUCCAACAUAUGGUGCUCAAAGAAUCUCUGAAGCAUUCGAUGUGCGAGACGCCUACACUAAUUGCGUGGCUCAGUACCAGUGGUGUGAAGAUAUCUACUGACGAUUAUCAAGAAAUGAGACAGUCUUGGCAACCGAUGGCCUAA